AAAAAAAGUAUUUGUCCAAAUACAUAAAGGCUUUAAGAACGGGAAAGAAGGACAGACCAGUGGAAUUGGUAUCGUAUCCCUGGGAAGACGGAGUUGUUCUUAGUAAUAGGAAGCGCCCCAUCAAACGAAAGGAGGAUGAACUGACAAAAGAGAUGGUUAUUGAGAAGCUUGACCAAGAAAUAGUUGGUAGUGUAGCUGGAAAUUCCCAGAGCAGUGAGUCAAAGUUGACGUUCUCCAAAGAAAGGAAAAUGAAAAGAAACAAGCGUUCUGCCAAUAGCAAAACAGUGAGCGGAAGCACCCCAAAGAUAGCACCACCUAAGAUGUCGGAUGUUUACGUACGGAAAGGCAAUGGGCGUUUUAAGCUUUCCAAAGACAAGAUAAGGAAGGAGAGACUACGGAAGUUCCUGUUAUUGAGAAAGAAAUAUAAGAGGGACGUUCAAAAACAGAUAUCACAAAGUAUAGAUGAAUUAGAAAAGGAACAGUUUCAGUUAUCGGUCAAUCAUUCUUCAUCUGUCGGUGACAGAAAGAUGGGUAGAAAGAAACUACUAGAAACCAAGUUAAGAAAGAGUAUUUCUCGUUUCCUUGAUGAUCAAGCUUCUUCAACUUUUCACAAAACUGAAAAUGAUGUGAAUAGUUGUGGAAUACAAGGAAAUGGAAAUGAGCAACUCAUACGAACCCAUUACAGUCGUUUACUAUGCAAAUUACUUCCUAAACCUUACUUGAAAUAAUUUCUAUUUAAAAGAAAGAUCUAAAGGCAAAU